GCCCACAGCCACAAACAGGAAGAAAACAUCCAGCUGUUAUCUAGCUAGCUAGCUAAACUGGGAGACCUCUGGCCAGCUUAGCAGCCUGUGUAGCAUUGGCACAGUAAUAAAACGGCCUUGAGAGUCGAGAAUACACUUGUGUCUUACCAUGAUGUGUCCGGAGUAGUAACUGUAUCGACAGACACUCAGGGAAUAUAAUUCUCCUCGACUUUCUCCGGGUCCGAGUGUCACAACAAGGUGUGAAUGAGUGACGUGGUGCCUCCCACAGCUCUCAGUGAAGUCCAGCUCCGCUUCCUCUGCCACGAUGACAUAGACAAUGUCAAGCUGCUCUGUGGUGAUUGGUUCCCAAUCGAGUACCCAGAGUCAUGGUAUCAGGACAUCACCUCCAACAAGAAGUUCUUCUCCCUCGCUGCCACCUUCAGAGGAGGCAUCGUGGGAAUGAUUGUGGCCGAGAUCAAAGGCCGGACCAAAGUACACAAAGAGGAUGGAGACAUCCUGGCCUCCAGUUUCCCUGUGGACACACAGGUAGCCUACAUCCUCAGCCUGGGAGUGGUCAAAGACUUCAGGAAACAUGGCAUAGGCUCCCUACUGCUGGACAGUUUGAAGGAGCACAUCUCGACGACAGCCCAGGACCAUUGUAAGGCCAUCUACCUACACGUCCUCACCACCAACAACACUGCCAUCCACUUCUACGAGAACAGGGACUUCAGUCAGCACCACUACCUGCCCUACUACUACUCCAUACGAGGCGUCCUCAAAGAUGGAUUCACAUAUGUGCUCUACAUCAAUGGGGGUCAUCCGCCCUGGACAAUAUUUGACUAUAUCCAGCACAUCGGUUCCACCCUGGCCAGCCUGAGCCCGUGCUCCCUCCCUCAGAGGCUGUACCGGCAGGCCCAGUCCCUGCUGCGCUCUCUGCUGCCCUGGUCCAACAUCGCCUCCAAGACCGGCAUACAGUACAGCAGAACAAUGUGACCCACAACAUGGAGCGCAGUCGUUUCUCAUCAGUCUUCCCCUGUACACACCAAGAUGUACAAGCACACUCACAUUCUUCGAUCUCCUACGGCUUUCCACACCCUGCGUUUGACACAGGCCUCAGGUUCAACCUGCGUUUUUGUUUUUUGACCGUUCACACACUUGAAAAUGAAUCCCGGUACAACACUUGUCUGUCACUGUUCACCCAGGAUCCGAGUUUGCAGCUUUAGUCCUGCGCCCCGAAGGGAUACAGGGUUGUUGCAUUGCAACGUCACCGAAAGUGCAAUGUUGGAUUAUUUUCUGGUAAAACCAUGGGAUUUCCUUUUAACUACUUUGUUACUAUACUACCCUGUAUAUACUACACUACCCCAUAGUUCCACCAGUAACCUGUGUCAUACCAAAGCGGAGCAGUGUCAGACCCACUUUCAACCCAGGCAACAGAGCAAAGCCAAGGACCUGGUUCACAUGUUCACCCAGACACACAGACGGCAAACACAGGUCGUAGUUUUGGUGUCAAAAGGCUGUAACACACACACACACACACACACAAAAACAAACACCCACUAAGAAACCCCACAGAGACCAAAAGGUUCAACCCUGCCUAUUUGUCUGUCUCCUUUCAUCCUGUCCACCACUGUCACAGAGACUCUGUAUAUUGUUUGUAUAUUAUAUAUACUAAGCUAAUAUAUAAAUUUAUCUCAAUAUGUAUGUCUAUUCUAUGCUGUCAGUAGUCCUAGUUGAAAGAUAACCAAUCCUGUUUCCCCUUUUUUUUUUGGAGUAUAGAAUGAAUCCAGAGUCAAUUCCACUUUGUAAAAUAGAGACUCAAGAACAGGUUAAAUUGAAUUGGUCUGUGAAUCUAUCUAGCUAUGUUAAUAGGCUAGUAGUGUAGAAUAAAGCCAAUUAUACGCAAGAAACUUUUGAGACACAAUGUAGACGGGAGAUAUAUUUAGAAGCAACUGGAGUUUUCAAAAAGGAUUCUUCCCCUUUUGAAAAUCGUGAUAUUGUCUGAUUUGCAGCGUGCAACAGUUGUACUGGAAACUGAACUACAGAAAGAUAUGAACAUGUCAGUACUUGCAACACGAAAUCAGUAAGUACAGACACCUUGCAUAUUAUGCAGUGCUGUUUGAAAGUCUUACAUAAAAAUAUGAUCAAACCCAGAAGCUUUUCUACAUUGUUUCUAAAUGUUGCCCAUGUAUAAUUCAUACAAGAGUAAAAGGGGAGUGGCUCGGGUCCUUAUUUUAGAGAUUUUUUUUAAAAAUGGCUGCAGCCAUGUCUGUCUGCUCCAUGGCUGUAAAAUUGCUGCUAAUGAAGGAAAAAAAUUAUCCAUUUGUUUGUCCAGAUUUUAAAAUAUGGCCUAGAUUAGAUUUUUAUGCGGGCCUGUAGAAGAGAUGAGAGAAAAGGAUGUAAUGCUCCUGAACACACAUCAGUGUGUGUGUGUGUGUGUGUGUGUGUGUGUGUGUGUGUGUGUGUGUGUGUGUGUGUGUCCAAGAUUAGCACCCAGCAUGUGCCAAAUGUUGGUCUGAAUUGUCUGUGGAAAACAAAUUAGUAAAGUUCACCCAACAUGUUGACCGGUAACUUUGACAGUGAGUAACAUUGCAGUUUCUUAAUUUUAUUGCAUCUAUGUUGCACCUGAUCCGAUGUAGUCAGUGAGCAAAUGGAUUUUAUUCAGAACAUAGCACUGAAAAAAGGUAAGGGGUAACUGUGAAAAAUGUGUAUCCAUUGUUAAAAAGUGAAUGUUUCUGAGUCGACCAGCCCUGGGCAGGUAACUAAAGUAAAUUUCAGGCUUUGUGUAUGCAAUAAAUUUGUUUUAUUUGAUUGACUGAUUGUAAAGACUGAGUCAGUGUGACUGCCCCUGCUGUAUGACUAUUUAACAUUGUUAUAAUGAUUGUCAUUGUGAUUGUCCUAAACCGGAGCCUUGUUUUCAUUCACAAUUAGCCAUAUAGUUUCAACUGUUUGUCCUGACCUUUUGCUCCUACACCUCCCAUAAUGCAAUGUAAUAGCAUCUUUUGUUAAACCAGUCCGACUGGUAAAUCCCUUUCAGACUUCCAGUCAGGUGUCUGGGCUUCAUCUUAAAAAAAAGAAGGGUGUCCAACUUCCAAGAGAUAACCAUGAUAACCCAUUCAGGUUUAUUUUCUUAUAAUUUGGAAAGCUCCCAAGAAGACUACAUAGUUCCACAGGCUGUUUAGUACUCCCCAUGAUGCGUAAACUGAUCUUGUGUAAAUACACUGUAAAAGGCUUCCAUUGUGUCCUUUCCACCUUAAACAUCUGGUGCAACAUAGGCGCAAUAGUAGCAUUAGCAUCCUGCCAAAACAAUGCAUCUCAAGAACCUCAGCACCUGUACAGAACAGAAUAAAUUUCCAUUAAGUCUC